AGUUUUUUUCCAGCCGAAAUUGAGCAGAACUUCACCUGACAGCAAUGCCAGGUAUCUACUGUAAUGUUCGGGGAUGCACCAACCGUGCUCUUUCGACAAGGGAUGUUGUGUACCACAAGAUUCCAAGGGAUAAUGUGAGAAAACGAAAGUGGUUCGAAGCGCUUGGCCAGGACAUUCGUGAUUCGGGCCGUAUCUGUUCAACGCAUUUCUCUGACGAGUCGUACGAAGUGGUAACAGCGGACGGUCGAAGACGUCUCAAACCGACCGCAGUCCCAACACCAGUGUUUCUCCUUGCGCGGACGUGUGACGACGCGAACAUCAGUGCACACGAGACGAGCAGUGGCCCUGACCCGUCGCAGGAGUGGUUUCUGGCUGAUAACAGUGAUUUUAGCAAUCUGUGCAUGAUUGUAGCAGUACCCACGGCAGAUGACUGCACAUUGGCCACUACAUCGGCUGGUAGCAAUUCUAACCGUGUUACUGCAAAUGAAGCUAGUCUCCCAGAGUGCGAUCACACAUACUGUAGACCUACAGUGUUUUCAGAAUCGACACAGGUUUCCAUCAUAGCGGACGAGAAAGUGGAAGUCAGAAGUGAAAGCACGCAAACGGAUCAUUCACCGUCAACACCUGUCAACAUGUCUCCAGUGAUGGUUUCAACACCUAUUGUCCGUACACCAUCAUGCCCAGAGGUGCAUGAUACGACUAUGUCUUCACCAGUGAUGGAGCCAGCCGAUGAGUCAUUCCGCAUAUCUGAAGACGACAGUUUUGAAUGGUACAUAGCCUGCUCAUACAAGUUUGCAGAUACAUACUAA